GACAGUUCUCUGACGUGCAUAUCUGCGAGUGAAAAGCAGCAACGAAUUGUUUUCUGUAGCCGAAUUGGUUUUGUUUUACGAAACAGGUCCAGUAUCGCUGAAGAACAAUCGGCCACAAAGCAUGAUAAAAGCUAUACUAGUAUUCAACAAUCAUGGGAAGCCAAGACUGUCGAAAUUUUACCAAUAUUUUAACGAAGACAUGCAACAACAAAUUAUCAAGGAAACAUUUCAACUAGUCUCAAAGCGAGAUGAUAAUGUGUGCAAUUUUCUCGAGGGUGGCAGCCUUAUUGGUGGUUCGGAUUACAAACUUAUAUAUCGACACUAUGCCACACUGUAUUUCGUGUUUUGCGUAGAUUCGUCGGAGAGUGAACUCGGUAUCCUAGAUCUAAUACAGGUGUUUGUGGAGACACUUGAUAAAUGCUUCGAAAAUGUUUGCGAGCUGGAUCUGAUUUUCCACGCUGACGCCGUGCACCACAUUCUGUCCGAGCUGGUGAUGGGUGGAAUGGUACUACAAACCAAUAUGUCGGACAUCUUGGCGAGGAUCGAAGAGCAGAACAAGCUGCAAAAACAGGAAGCCGGUCUAUCGGCGGCACCGGCAAGGGCCGUUAGUGCCGUCAAAAGUAUAAAUCUACCCCAGCAGAUAAAGGAUAUUAAAUUACCUGAUCUUCCGCAAGCUAUCAAGGACUUGAAAUUCUGACCAAACACUAACUUCGAUACGUCGUUACUCACCAAGAUCACCUCCGACUCCUCCUACAUUCCGAUCAGCAGCAGUGGCCUGGAGGGAUUCAACUUCGACACAUACCAGUUGGAGAACUCUUUGGCCGGGGAAACCAUUACUAACCGAAGCGACCGAAAAAGUAAACGAAAGUCUAAGAAAGGUAGUUCCACCCGACGGGCAGAUGAAGAUGAGGAGUGUAUGGUGUAAUCUGUGGCUCGGAAUGAACCACAGAGCCCUCUUUCCUGUGCUUGUUUUCCCCUCUAGUUUCACGCCUCGACAGACGGGAAAGGCAUACAACACCCAAUGCAAUGUGGAUUAAGUUUCAGGAUACAUUUGCCAUUAGCUGCUUCAAUCUGUGAACUGUGUAAACACAAAACUCAAACAAAUUAACGCGGUAAUUGUCGGAAGCUGUGUUAAUUUAAUUAAAGAUAAUCCAAUUUUAUUAUAAAAAAAUCUAUAUCAAUGCGCAAUUAUGAUUCCCUGAUAUAAAAUGGUUUAUAUUCA